AUGUCCGAGGACUCCGCCCUGUGGAGCGACUCUAGCGACAGCGAGAGCACCGUCGAGUCGAUUGCUAGCCUUAGAGAACUACGUGACCCAACCGAGAGGUAUCCCAUUUUCUUCGAUAGCCCCGGCUCGAACGAUUUCAGCGCCUCGGUCGAUCACCCGGUCGAUCACCCAGUCCUCGCCGAUCACAGUCUGUGGAGCGACUCUAGCGACAGCGAGAGCACCGUCGAGUCGAUUGCUAGCCUUAGAGAACUACGUGACCCAACCGAGAGGUAUCCCAUUUUCUUCGAUAGCCCCGGCUCGAACGAAUUCAGCGCCUCGGUCGAUCACCUGGUCGAUCACCCGGUCGAUCACCAGGCCCCCGCCAAUCACAGUCCGGGUCCGAUCCGGUCGUCAUCCCAACAACCCCUCUUAUCAGAAAACGACUCGCCCACUGACUCGCUGUCAUCCGUCAAGUCCGUUGCCGCCAGGGUCCAUUUCACCUUGGAGACAUUGCACUCAGAUGCCCAGUAUAGCAGCCCGUCGCUUUGGUCCCAGAACCUCACUGGCACAAACCACUACUUCCGCGAGAAGAAGUGGGAUUUCUUCCCAGAACUCGCGACCCCGUCCGCAAAGCAGGCCAGCUUGCAGACCGGUCUCGGCCUGAGCAAUGGGAAACCUCGCAAGGACGGCCGUUUCAAUCUCGCAGCGAAGCGGCGGGGGUCGCACUCGCCCGACCGUGCGGGUCUAGGUCUCGCCCAAAGGUUCGCGACUCCGUCAAGACCUACGUCCACCGUACAUUGCUAUCCCGCCCCACGACUGAACCCAAAGCUAAAGACUGAAGCAAUGAAUCAAUCGAUUUUCAUUAAUCUGAGUUAG